CCUAAUCCCAUCAGGGCAGCGGGGGCUGAGCAGAGCUGAGCCAGGCCAUGGCGGGCACACGGGCACACGGCCGCCUCCUGCACUCGCUGCUCUGCCAGCUGUGCAGUGGCUGUGGCUGCAGCUGCUGCCGUGGGCUCCGAGUGUCCACCAGCACCCGCGUCCUUUACACACUCCUGCACGUCCUGGCCUCUGCCGUGUGCUGCCUCAUGCUGUCCCGCACUGUGGCCCAGGUUGUCAGCGAGAAGGUGCCCUUCUCACUGGUGGUGUGCAAACACCUGCCUGGGGCCACAGACUGUGAGCGGCUGGUGGGCUCCUCGGCUGUGUACCGGGUCUGCUUUGGCACCUCCUGCUUCCACCUGGCACAGGCUGCUCUUCUCCUCAACGUGCGCUCCAGUGCUGACUGCCGUGCUCAGCUGCACAACGGGUUCUGGCUCCCGAAGCUGCUGGUACUGGUGGGGCUCUGUGCCGCCAGCUUCUUCAUCCCCGAGGACGGCUUCAUCCAAGCCUGGCACUACACGGGCGUCUGCGGGGGCUUUGCCUUCAUCCUGAUCCAGCUGGUGCUGAUCACCGCCUUCGCGCACACCUGGAACAAGAACUGGCUGACGGGCGCGGCGCAGGACAAGCGCUGGUACCUGGCCGUGCUGCUGGCCACCGCCGCCUUCUACACCCUCGCCUCCGCCGCCUUCUCCUUCCUCUACAAGUUCUACACCCACCCGGCCGCCUGCCACCUCAACAAGGCGCUGCUCACCGUCAACGGCAGCCUCUGCGGCAUCAUGUCCUUCAUCUCCAUCACGCCCUGCGUGCGGCUCAGGCAGCCGCGGUCAGGGCUGCUGCAGUCCUCGAUCAUCAGCUGCUACGUGAUGUACCUCACCUUCUCCGCGCUGUCCAGCCGUCCCCCGGAGAGAGUGCUCUACCAGGGGCAGAACCUCACCGUCUGCUUCCCGGGCGUGCGGCAGGACGAGCUGCAGACUGAGGACACCACGGUCGCCGUCCUGGGGGCUGCCAUCAUGUACGCCUGUGUGCUCUUCGCAUGUAAUGAAGCCUCCUACCUCGCUGAGGUCUUCGGGCCCCUGUGGAUGGUCAAAGUCUACAGCUUCGAAUUUAAAAAACCUUCCUGUUGCUUCUGUUGCCCGGAAAAGAUGGAGGAGGAGCUGAGAGGUGAGUGCAGGGUGGGUGCUGAGCGGCAACGUCAGCCUGGGGAUGCUGGUGAGGGGAGGGAGCAGAAGCUGCCAAGCUCCUGUGUUCCCCCAGGCACUGAGGCACCGUGUGAGCAAGUCGAGGAGCCGGCUGGAGGACAGUGCAUCAUCCAGGACGAGCGAGACCGGGUGGUCUACAGUUACUCAGCCUUCCACUUUGUCUUCUUCCUCGCCUCACUCUAUGUUAUGAUGACCCUCACCAACUGGUUCAGCUAUGAGAACGCAGUGCUGGAGACCACUUUCACACAUGGCAGCUGGUCAACCUUCUGGGUGAAGGUGUCCUCAUGCUGGGCGUGUGUCCUGCUCUACCUAUGGCUGCUGCUGAGCCCCCUCUGCCUGCGUGGCACCCCCCAGCACCGGCGCAGCAGCUCUGCUGUGCGAGUCCUGCGGCGACGACGUGCCCCGCAGCGCGUCAGCGUCUCCACGUAG